CAGAUACGUGACAAAGAUUGUUCCAGUCUAUAAACAAACCAAAGUUGGGAUAACCCAUCUAAAUGCUGAUUCAGCAUGGAUCCUUCGAAUACUGUGGAGCAAAUUAGUACCGGUUCGAUGGGCGAAAAGUAUCUUGGAUUUAAAAGCCAAGGAUUUUAUAGUCAAUUGUUUGGAAAGGGAAGCUUGCGAUACCAAUUGCGAGAGUUUCUCUUACCCUACGUUCGCAGUGAAAGUGUAUAUUUGCAUAGAAUCCAGUCAUGUUUACGAAGAACUUGGCUUGACAAGUACUUUUGUUACAGCGCUACCCUUGGAACUCAUAUAUUCUUUAUGCUUGCAUUGCCAAUCUUCUUCUGGUCCGGGUGUAUCAACUUUACACUAGACAUUACACAGCUGUUUGCAGCCGGUGUUUACUUCAGUGGCAUUUUAAAAGACUUUCUUUGCUUACCGCGACCCAUGUCGCCACCCCUAAUCCGACUGACACUGUCGUCUGAUGCCGAAUUUGAAUAUGGAUUUCCAAGUACACAUACAACCAAUGCAGUCUCCACAGGAUCAUAUUCAAUUUUCAUGCUAAUUAGCAUGAAAGAAUCCAUUUCUCCUACCUGCUUUUACGCACUUUUGUCUCUCAGCCUUCUUUACAUUUUUUCAAUUCCCUUGGGUCGAUUGUACUGUGGCAUGCAUGGAUUUAUGGACGUAACUGUUGGUUCUUUGAUCGGAAUCUGUCUAUCAUGUAUACAAUGGAAAUAUGCGGAUAUUUUCCAUUCCGUAAACACUAGCUCGUCCGUGCAUGUACCCAUAACCAUCGUUGCGCUUUCGCUAUACCUUAUAUGGCUACAUCCCUUACCUGCUGAAAAUUGUAUAUGCAUUGAUGAUAGUAUCUCUUUUGUGGCUGUAAUUAUGGGAAUUGAUUUAGGGACAUGGCUUUCGUCUCCGGAGUCUAUAAAUUAUUUAAUUAAAAAUAUAGAUGCAACUUUCCUUUUGCAUUUCAUGCUUCGAAUCGUUUUUGGUGUUACGAUGAUUUUUUUCUGGAGGUCGUUCGCUAAACAAGCGGCGUUGUCGCUCUUACCAUCAAUCUAUAAGAUGUUUAGAGAUGACCAACCAAAUGAUCCGUCUGCGCCAAAAGGGAUCUGUGCGGCUUGUGGUUCGGAUUACCAAGUAGGUACCACUAAGACACCUUUGGGUAAUGUGUCUGGACACGAGUUAUGUUCUAAAACUGUUUGCUUUGACUAUGAGACAGUUGCACGAAUCGUUAUUUAUGCAGGAAUUGGAUUUCUUUCUACUUACUUUGCUCCAAUUUUAUUUCGCUGGUGGAAAAUCUGAUUCAAUUCUUUUUAAUGUGUUCUAUUCUCGACUUAUCUUUUGUUAUAUUGUUAUCCAUCUCCUACAGAGAGCGAGCUUAAUUGUUUUGCUUAUAUUGACUCAGUGGAAGAUAUAAACCGCAUUACUUUGUUUUUCUAGUUUUUAUUUUCUUUUGAGACUACAAAAGGCCAUCCUUAUUUGCUACUCACAUCCGGUUUCUUUUACGACUUGUUAUUAUGAUUUUUUCGUUGCGUACUUCCUUGUGGGUUUUUGGUUUCGUCGUUGGUUUAGUUUCUAAAUGUAUAGGAUUAUUGUUUUUGAAUAGCCUUCUUUUUGUUAAUUUAAUUCUUUUCAACUUCACGUAUUUUAGCGAAAAUACUUUUGCUGCCUAAAGGGCCA